UAGCUACAGAAUUGGCAGGUCCUCCAGAAGGGCUCAGCUCCAUGAGUAAGUAAGUAAUUAAAUAUAUAUGUUAAUGAUAUACCAAAUUUAAUGAUCAUUCAUUCAACGAUUUAGAAGUUAUUGGGUGCUACACAUGUGCAAGUAUAGACACAUAUAAAGACAUUGUGAGACCAUAAGCCUGUAAAUUGUAAGAAAUAAGGAAAACAGACAAAUACACCUUUGGAAUCAGAUUAAAUGGUGCAUUUUGAUUAUGUGCACAUCUUUUGCAAUCUGUAUGGCAGUGUGAGCAGUUUUGAGGUUGUAUGUUUAAUAGGUAAUAAUAUGUACAGGUAAGUGACUUUCUGAAUAAGACAGCACUAAAUGGAGGCACAUUGCCACUUCACCCAUAUAGCCUGUGUCCAAUUAGAUGAAUAAUAAUAAUAAUAUAGUGUACUGUCACCCAGUGCACCUAGGAAAUGUAACUGUUAAAAGAGGAGAAUGCAGUGAAAAUAAACAGAGAAAGAUGGAUAAAAUUAAUAAGAUCAAACUGAGAUAGUGUCCAUGUUUUUAGACCUUGUUAUUCUCAAAAGAAUGCACAGUGGGUUUGGGUCAGUACGCUAACUGAGGUGAGCUUUAUGGGGUGUGUAUUGUAGUAGUUCUCAACCUUUCAAAGGUUGUGGCACAUUUGGCAUGUUCAUGUCUUUUUGCUUCAGACCCAAUUUAGUAUAGAAAAUUAAAAUUUAUAAUGAAAUUACACGUAUUUUUAAACAAUGCCAUUUAUUGUAAAAUAUAAAAUUUUGUUAUAAAUAGCAAUUUAAAAAUUUUAUGCAAAUGCAUAUUUUAUUUUAUAUGGUCGUUUUGAAGAGAGUUCCACAGUGCACUUUGCAAAAUUUAUACCCCCCCCCCCCCCNCAGCUGAGAACCACUUUUGUAUCAGUUAGUCAAGGGGUCACUUAUACCCUGUCACUCCCCUCUCUACCCCUUUCCCAUAGUGCAACUGGAACAACUGUCCUGCUGCUUCUGACUACAUUUUUCCUCAUGAACAACAAAGAGGUCAAGUCUAAAAAUGGUCAUUGUACGAGUAUGUAUAUUUAACACCCCAUGUUAUUAUAUGGUAUAAGUUGCAGGUAAGAAGUAAAUGAAUAGUGUGACAAGAGGUUUCAAAAUGCAGAAGCAAGGAAUACAAGCCUAAUUGAGUCUAAUGAUAAUGUGACUGGUGACGUGAAAGAUUGUGGAUAUGAACAUUUUUAACUGUGUGAACAAACUACAGGCAAUUGUGAGGUCAUGUUGGUGCCACCUGGAUAUGCUGACUAUAGCAGCUACUUCUCUGAAGUUCUGAGCUUCUUACGGGAGUAUAGCUGGGUAUAUAACUUUCCUGUCACAGAGUUACUGGUGCAGGAUGUGCUCAAGCAGAUUCCCAUGGAAUGGUCAACAGCACUGCUCAGUCUCACUUAUCAGCAGCUCAACAUUCUACCUCAGGGCUUCGUAAUGGAUGACUGGCCUCCAUCACUUAUUCACUUCUGUCAUCAGUGCCAGAUGCUUAAGAUUCCUACACAAAGAGUCAUCGAGCACAGACCAGAGCUCCCAGAUAAAAUACGUCGAGGGUUGACACCUAAGAAGCAGCAUGAGAUUGUGAGCUUGGCAGCUCUGAUUAGUGCAGAAUGUAGUGCUUAUGGGAUCACUCAAGUACUGGAUAUGGGAGCAGGUCUUGGUUACCUGGGUCAGCUGCUUCACCACUGUUAUGGCUUCCAUGUUCUUGGACUGGAGGUGGAGGCUGAACGUGUGAAGACGGCAUCUCGUCGUCAAGAAAGUAUGUGUCCAUCGUCAGCAGUGAAGUACCUUACUUUCAGCAUCUCGUCUGAAUCUUGCCACUUUAUUGAGAAUGAAAUACAGAACAGUAUGCGUGGAAUUAGCAACUGCAAGUGUGGGGCUUUGAAGAUCCAGUCACAUGAGUAUGGAAUUAUGAAUAAGUGGCAUUCACCAGAUGUGUGCAUUGGUGGUGGUGAGCAGUGUUCUGUAGAUAUGUCAGAUUAUAAUUCUGAAGUGGUAAAUGGAAGUACUUAUGUGUGUUCAAAAGAACCCGCUGAUGAAGAGAGGAUGUUCUCACCGUCCUUGGGUUCAGAUAAUUGUUUGCUUGGUCCAAGCACCACAUCAUUGUGCAUGACUGGACUGCACACAUGUGGAGAUCUCAGUGUGGAUGCUAUUAGACUUUUCUUUCAACUUGUCUCUACCAAGCUGUUAGUUAUGGUUCCCUGCUGCUACCACAAAAUGAGUUUGACCAAGGACACAGCCAUGACAGAGGAGAAGUUCUUUAACUUCCCAUUAAGUUCAUCACUGUGUCAUCUCAUACAUUCUUCUACAUUCUGUGAUUCUUCACGUUUUCUCCGCCGUCCAUUUCUGAGACUCGCAUCCCAAGAGACUGCAACCAGGUGGCAGCAGUGGUCAGAAGAAGACCACAAAGAACACAGCCUUCAAGUGAUGGCACGUGCUGUCCUCCAACUCUAUGCUCAUGAUGAAGAUCUGGUUCUGAAGAAGAAAUGUCGCCGUGCUGUACGGAAGACCAGCCGUUCAACAUUUGACAGCUUUAUGGAUGAUGCCUUGAAGCGUUACAGAUUUGUUUCUAAGACAAGUGAAAAUCAUUACGAUCAUUCAACAAGUCUUUGCAAAGUGUCAGAGCUAUGGAAUCACCACAAAGCAUCAUGCCAUCUGGCUGAAAUUGUGACAGGUCUACAAAUGGCUGUUCAGGGUGUUGCUGAGAGCUUCAUAUUAGCAGACCGAGCCGCAUAUUUGCAGGAACAUGCUGUGCCAUCUGUUGAGAUAGUUAAAGUAAUGAAUGAUUGUGUGUCUCCACGAUGCCUUGCUCUAGUAGCCAGAAAGUGAAUAUGUAUGUGUCAGUUUUCAGGGCCAUCAUAUUAGGCAAGGUAAAGCUAUCCCUGUAACAGGCCAUGGAGGCCCAUAGGGUUGUGAGAGGUGGAGGCUCUCAUAUUUUCU